UAUAUUUCAAAGCAUUUGGCAUCUGCCUUACCAAGCACCACAAUCCAAUCUAUCUCGACAACCACUCUCUGGCUACCGCAAAAUACAAAUACAAAAUACAAUCCGCAAUCUACAAUCUACAAUUUACCUCGACAAACACUCUCUGGCUACCGCAAAUACGAAACACAAAAUAUAAGAACGCCAAAAUGCUCAACAUUGUUUCUUCCGCCCUGCGCAUUGCCGCAGUUCCGCGCGCCGCAUUCUCGACGGCGACAAUGGCGGCCGCAUCGCGCGGCUCGGUCCCGCAAUUCCAACACGCGCAGAAGAGUGUGUUGCAGAGAGCAGUCGGGCUGGGAUACCGCGCGGGCGGGGUGCGGCCGCAGAUCAGCACCGGUGUUGUCGGAACGGCGGAACAGUUGCGCAGUAUGAAAGUGCGGGCUAGUGUCAAGAAGCUGUGUGAUGGGUGCAAGAGCGUUCGCAGAAAAGGAUACGUCUAUAUCAUUUGUUCCAAGAACCCCAAGCACAAGCAGCGACAAGGAUAACUUCCUUUCUCCCUUUUCUUGAACGGCGGUACCUCUUUUUCUUGGCCCGCCCAUAGAUCUCUUUUUUUUUUGUUUUAAAAUUCUUCUCACGGCUUAGCAUAUCCCACCCCUCCCCCCGCUCCGCUCAUCUACCCCAUCUUUCUUGCCGAAGCGGAAUCUCUGUAUAAAGCUAUCAUCGGAUCUAUAAAUCUCACUUACCAUCCUCAGAACAUUUACAUUUACAUUUAC